AUGCAUGUCAAGCAGAGGAAAGAAUCUGGUUCGUCUGUCAGGGGCCAUGCUCAAAAUUUCAGGACUGCAAUCAAGCUUGCAAGGCCAAAGGAUAUCCUGAUGGUGGCAAAUGAAUGCCCCCUGGCAAGGGAUCACCUCUUGCUUGCUGCUGCACAAUUACCUAAUUUAUGCUUACUUUUCAACAUGGGUUUCAUGGCUUUCAGCGCUCAUUUGUGA